CUAUUAUUUUUAUUAUUAUUAUUAUUUGUAUUAUUAUUAUUAUAAUUAUUAUUGCUAUUGUUAUUAUUAUUAUUAUUAUCAUUAUUAUCAUUAUUACUAUUACUAUUACUAUUAGUGUCAUUAUCAUUACACAAAUAGCCUAUAGCUGGCCAACAACAACGUUUGCGAUGAUCGCGAUACGUUCGAGAUAUAUUUUCUUUUUCUUUUUCUUUGUCUCGAUCGAUACGUAUCGUAGUAAAAUCCGUGCGAAACGAUGUAAAUAGAGUAUAAUAGUUGGAGAUCAAAAAAUGAUUGUCUUUUUUCCUAAUACAGAGACUGUGAGAUCUACGUAUUAAAAAAAAUCGAAAAAUACGACCGACUCGUAUGUAUGUAUUUACAUACGUAUGUAUAUACGAGAAUAUGCGACGCUACCUGAAAAAUGAAAAAGAAAAAAACGUUUAAUCAUAUAUAUAUAUUCGCUCAAUUAGGACGAACACACGAUGCGUACAUAUAUAUAUAUAUAUAUAUAUAUAUGUAUCAGGCCGAUCGUUCCUCUCGCUCCGUCUGCACAUUUUUCCUCUCACUAUAAUACGACGCGAUCUCUCUCUAUUACAAUUAUAUAACUAACCGCGCAUAUGCGCGUUAUCUUUGAGUAUACUAUACAAAUAAUAUCGUGAAAUUCAUGAUCGAGUACAAAGUACGCUACAUUUUCUCUUGCACGCGAGUAUCUAUGGAUCUCAAACGUAAAUAAGAAUUUUUAAUCCAAGACCAGGAUUGUCAGUUAGUAAUAUUAAAUUUAAUCGGGGAAAAAGAAUUGUCGAGAAAUAUUUAUCUUCUUUUUUAUUUCUUUAUCUUUUUUUUUUUUAAAUUUUUUUUGCUGACCGAGGCCUAAAAAAUGAGUCAAACGAUCACGUCAAAACUCAAUACGAUCUCCGAAUUAACUUACUCAGUUAUUUACUUGCUGACAACCUGGAUGGAACGAUCGGAUCUCGCGAAUAGUUUCGCUAGAAGGAAAGAUAGGUAACUAGUUAGAUAUACCUGUGGUUGCGCGAAUGUACGAAUAAAAGAAAAAAAAAAGACGAUCGAGGAAGAAAGGAAGAAAAAAAAGAAGAAAAAAACGCGUGAUAAAUCAUUAGAAAAAUCGCGUUUCUGGCAGAUUUUAAAGGGUGUUCUGAAGAUAAUGAAAAAAAAAAAGCGAGGAAGAAAAGAAAUGAAAGCUAAAACUUUUCCUGUAUAUUUCCGGAGAAGUCUGUCCAUUUUUUGAACGUUCUCGAAAGUAUUUUAAUGUUUACUACUACUACCGUGCGCGUGUUUAUUCGAUGCAACGAGAGAUAAAUUGAGUUUUAAAAGAGGUGUAUACAAUUUUUCGAAUUCUUCCGUGCGCAUGCGUGCGUCCGAACUAGAUGAUAAGUUUGGUGCUAAUAUGUCGAACGCGGUAGUUACUUCUUUCCGUUACACAUCCCACCGUGAUAUGCAUUUUUCUAUAUUGAUGCAUCGGCUGCAAAUAUUUUAAGAUAGAAAGAGAGAGAAGGAAGAAAAAAAAAGCAGUAAGAUAGUACGAUUCCUACGAAAUUGAAUUUCACGUAAGAACGUACCCGCAUUUAUAGCGUGUCACGCGUAAAGCCGAGGAUGUGUAACUACAUCGUUCCACCCUUCCUAACUGUCGAUAUAAGAUAACACGGUCGUCUUUCAUCCUCCUCCCUCGUUAAUUUUAUACGCAUCCGAUUUGAACUUUGACGGUCGUUUCGCUCGUAAUCAUAUCAAGACACAAACGUUUGAAUUCCCGGUAAACGAGCAAAGUAUUAUUUGAGAAAGAGAAAGAGAAAGAGAGAGAGAGAGAGAGAGAGAGAGAGAGAGAGAGAGAGAGAGAGUCCAUAGAACGUAAGGCGGGACAAUUCAAAUUGAAACGAAGUCUAGUACGCGCUGGUCGCGUCAUUAAUUAAGAGAUAAAAAGAAAAAAAAAAAAGAGAGAAAGAAAGAAAGCAAGCAAAAUAUCUUCGUGUGAUCUUGACUCGUCCCUCUUUAUAUCAGCUCGUAAUAAAACAAAAGAAAAUGCUUCCAAUUUAGGCAAACUUUGCUGCCCUUCGUGCCAAUAGAUUUUAUUUUAGUUUUGCGAUAGGACUCGCGCUUUUCUCUCCGUACAAAAUGGAUUCGAUAAUCGUCCACGAUGAGAGACGUAAUACGAUUCUUCCUCAGGAAGACGUUCCUCCAUUUGAUAAAUCGUCUUCCGAAUGAUUAGAUUAUUCUGUAAAUAUAACGAGAGAUCCGUGCGUGUAAUUGAUUGCACUCCCGGAUUAAUAUUUUAUCGAAUCGUCUUCCUUCGGAUAAUCACACCCCAACGCUUAUUCGCUCUUCGUCUUUAUCGUUACGCAAAAACGAUUUAUUAUAAUUUAAAUUUCGCGCUCUAACUUAUUUCGUUCGUCGACCGAUACAUCAGAAAUAAUCGUCCGUUUAGCUCGUCCCAAAAAAGGAUUCUCUUAAGGGAGGAAGAGGAAAAACUGCCUCGCACGACGUAUUUCAAUCUUCCGUAAAUGAAUUUUAAGUGUUAUUAAUCGUAAGAAUGUAAGGCUGAUCCUCUCCUACACGGAGUAUCGACGAUUCGAGAUGAGAGUAUUUCGAGGAGAUAAAUUAUUUAUUUGUUUACGAUAAAACGAGAGAGAGAGAGAGAGAGAGAGAGAGAGAGAGAGAGAGAGAGAGAGAGAGAGAGAGAGAGAGAGUAAAAAUUCGCUCUUGAUUUUGAAUGGAUUUUAACCGACUCGGAGGACUAUCGGUGCAAAAUCCAACGAUGACUUCGAAGAGUCAUCUAAGCGCACGAGCUUCGUCAGCGAGUAUCCGUGCAGCUGAAAAUAGAAGACGAUAUAUCCGUGAGAUACAUUGCAAAAAAAUAAUAAAUAAUAUUAUAUAACGAUAUCAUACGGAUAAAUCGCCAAUGUUUUCUUUCUCUAUGGAUACUCACCGUACGAUGUGAUAUAAUAUUGCGACAGACAAACCGUAAUACUUAUCGAUUGCGCUGAUCAUUAGCGGUAACUAACGUUACGAAUAACGACUACGAGCGUAUUGUGCAUUAUGUGUCGGGAAAGAAAUAAAAUCAAAAUGAACCGAUCGAUCUUUCUAAUCUAAUCAAUAAUUCUCUAGCUGACAUAGUCGUUACCAACCAAUCCUAAAAUCCCGUUCUAAUUAAUAAAAGAAAUAUUUUCGUUUUUAAUUUGGGAUAAACCUUUUUAAUAAAUCAUUUAAAAAGGAAGAAAGAAAAAACAGUCGAUCGGUCCUUUGUUUGAGAAUCAUUCAUUGUACGUCGCGCCCUCUAAGAUUACAUAAGCCCAAAGAGAAUUAAAUUUAAUUCGAUUUUGUGAGUUUGCGUAUAAAAUCGAUUGUAGGUUCUUUCACCACGUGACAGUAAACGUCAUCAUAGUCGAUCUAAAUUUCAAUCGAAACGUAUCGCGAAUACACCCACCUUUCUCCGUUUAAAAUGAAAUUCGAAUCGACGAAACCUCGAAAGGGUUGACGAGGGUGAGUACCCGAAAGAUAUCAAAUAACAUCGAAACUUGUAAAUUCUACCGAAAGAGGGACGGCGAAACAGAACGAAGGAAAGAUAGGUUAAUAGUAUAUCCCCUCUAUAGCAAUUAUUGCGUCGAAUCCAUUCUGUUUACGAGCGCGAGCAGUGUUGCCUCCUGGUGCGGUAGCGUCGGAGAAUAUACGAAGGACGGAUCACGUCAAAAGUUCGUGAUCGAUCUUCGUAAAACUUCAGGUUUCUUCAACUAUUACCAGACACUAUCUUUAUCCGGCUUUACCGUGAUGCAACCUCGAGUCCGUGUGCGUUACGUCGCGUGAGGCGGACGGGAUACUAAAAGAUCGUAUAAACAGAAGAGACGACUCGCGUCAUUCGAAUUAUUUCGCGAUGUCGGUCUCAUUUCUCAUUUUCCUCGACACGAUCUUCGUUGUUCUUCGGAUGGGCGUGAUCGACGUAUCAGCUUUGCAUACGAAGGAUCCUCUCGCUCAUCAUGGAAGAUGCGAACCGAUCACGAUAAAUCUUUGCAUGAAUAUACCGUACAAUGAGACCAUAAUGCCCAAUUUGAUGAACCAUCAGAAACAAGAAGAGGCCGGUUACGAAGUUCAUCAAUUUGCGCCUCUCGUCAAGGUCAAAUGUAGCCCUGAUCUACGUUUCUUUCUCUGUUCCGUUUAUGCACCAGUUUGUACCAUCAUCGAGAAGGCAAUACCACCGUGCAGAUCUUUGUGCGAAAGUGCUCGUGCCGGUUGUGAAGAUUUGAUGAACAGUUUUGGUUUCAAUUGGCCGGAUAACCUUGAUUGUUCCAAAUUGCCUGAAAAUGGGAAAGAACUUUGCGUUGGUACUAAUGAAACAGCACCAGUGGAACCAUCGGCACCUGCAUAUUCUCCACCACGCAUGCCAGUCGCAGAAUUUCAGCCACCUUGGAACAGCGGUGGGGCCAAGUCUUACAAUGGUAACGGCUUCGCGCUUGGUGCCAGAGACUUUGGAUUCGUUUGUCCUUUGCAAUUCAAGGUUCCACACGAACUGGGUUAUUCUCUCAAAGUGGGGGAUAAAGUAGAACCUAAUUGUGGUGCGCCCUGCGAUGGUAUGUUCUUUACGGAAAGAGAACGUAACUUCUCCAGAGUCUGGGUUGGUACCUGGGCAUCUCUCUGUGCUGCGUCGUGUUUCUUUACGUUCCUGACCUUUCUCAUCGACACUGAUAGAUUUAGAUAUCCAGAGAGACCCAUUAUUUUUCUAUCGGUAUGCUACCUCAUGGUAGCACUGACAUAUGUGAUAGGAUGGGCAGCUGGUAAUUCUAUUGCAUGUAGAGAGCCCUUUCCUCCGCCUCUAGACAUGCGUAUUCAGAUGGUAUCUACAAUAACACAAGGAACUAAGCACGAACUGUGUACUGUGCUUUUUAUGGUGCUUUACUUUUUUGGUAUGGCAUCGAGUAUAUGGUGGGUUAUACUUACAUUGACGUGGUUCCUGGCAGCUGGUUUAAAAUGGGGACACGAAGCUAUAGAAGCGCAUUCGCAGUAUUUUCAUUUAGCUGCUUGGGCAGCACCGGCAAUAAAGACCGUAACAGUCCUUGCAAUGGGCAAAGUAGAAGGAGAUAUAUUAUCUGGUGUCUGCUACGUGGGUUUAUGGAACGUUGAUGCAUUAAGAGGAUUUGUGUUAGCUCCUCUUUGCGUUUACUUAGUUCUUGGAACAGCCUUUCUUUUCGCCGGUUUUGUUUCUCUCUUUCGCAUACGCACCGUUAUGAAGCACGAUGGUACAAAGACCGACAAGUUAGAGAAGUUAAUGAUCCGCAUCGGUAUUUUUUCCGUACUAUAUACCGUACCAGCGCUCAUAGUGAUCGCUUGUCUUUUCUACGAACAAGCGUAUUUCGAUCAAUGGAUGUUAACUUGGAACAUGGAGAUGUGUUCGCGACCUGGCUUGCAAUCGCUUUACUCAAUGCCUUGUCCUGUUGGUGAACGUACUCGUGAUCUUGGCCGGCGGCCAGAAUUUGAAGUCUUUAUGAUAAAGUAUUUGAUGGCAAUGAUAGUUGGUAUAACUAGUAGCUUCUGGGUAUGGUCUAGUAAAACGCUCAGUAGUUGGAGGCAAUUCUUUAACCAUUUGCAGGGUCGUCGUACAGAAGCGUACGUCUGAAAUUAAUUGCGUUUAAAAUAAUUGCGUAAAAGGAAGAAGAAUGACUUUUGUCAAUGCUUUUUACUAUCAUUGACAAAUUAUAAUGUUUAGGGCAAAAAGAUGGAGAGAGAAAUAAUAUUCGGUGAUAGUUCGCUCAAAUGAUCUCGAUCUUGUAACACAUUGUACGAGAUAAUACUUCCAAAAUAUUUUAGAUAUUAUUUCCAUUAUAACUUAAACUUAUUUGAUUUAUGAACAACGUAUAAAAUAUGCUUAACGCGUUGAUUACUUCCAAAGAAGAUAAAGCACGCUUGAACUUGUCAAUGUGUUGAGACUGUCACCGAUGUAGAAUUAAAAAGGUUCUACGUUUUUAGAAGUUUAAUGUGCCAAACAAGUGUUAUAUUUUUAUAAACGAUACAUGUCCUUUGAAUGUCCAUAAACCUUUUAUCUAUUUUAUUGACAUUUGCAUGACACGUGGGUAAGAUAUAACGACUGAUAGUUUAUCAAUUUGAAAGUAUUAUUACGCGAUGUCUGCUUUAAACUCUCUUUAGAUAUAUUAAUAGCACUUUUGGUAUAAACAACUCAUUUAUUGCUCAAUUUUAUAAUUAAAAACUAUAAGAGAUUUUCGUCAUUAUCAAAGCUGACUAUUUAGGUAGCAUAAAUCAUUUAUCGUAUCAAUUAUUUCACUUUAAUUAAAGAAGAAUUGACGGUAAUACGCUUAAUAAAAGAGCGUGUUUUUCGAACAUUAUAAAAACUGCCUAGAAAUAAUAAUACUCAGAAGAAGACUUCAAGGACUGUUGAACAUUAGAAUUUUUUAUUUUUUUAAUUUUUUU